GAAGUGAUAUCCACCGCCCCCGCGCACGGGGUGAGGAGGAAGGAGGUGCGGCGGGCCCCCCAGCCGCAGCGGUUGCUGGGUAACGGGGGAGCGAGCGAACCUGGGGCGCUUCAUUUUCAUCAAGUGGCUGUCCUGCGCUUUGCACAGAGCAGCAAACCCUGCAGAGGAAAGUUUAAAUCUACAUAGCUGAUAACAAAGCAGGAGAAACUUGCGUAAUGGCAGAAACUAAUGCCUCCCCCCUGAAACACUUUGUGCUGGCUAAAAAGACAAUUACUACUAUCUUUAACCAAUUGCUGGAUUAUGUCACUGAAGGAUCAAGUUUUGUUGAAGCAACAUAUAGGAACCCAGAACUUGAAUAUGUAGCAACUAAAGAAGAACUGGUGAAAAUACAGGCAUAUAAAAACAAAUUGGCAGACAUUGGUGAGGUGCUUUCACGGAGGCACAUGAAAGUUGCAUUUUUUGGCAGAACAAGCAGUGGAAAGAGUUCUGUCAUUAAUGCAAUGUUGUGGGAUAAGGUCCUUCCUAGUGGGAUUGGUCACACAACGAAUUGCUUUCUCAGUGUAGAAGGAACAGAUGGUGAUAAGGCUUAUCUCAUGACUGAAGGAUCAGAUGAAAAGAAGAGUGUCAAGACUGUUAAUCAACUUGCCCAUGCGCUUCAUAUGGAUAAAGAUUUGGAAGCUGGCUGUCUUGUCCAUGUCUUUUGGCCCAAGGCAAAGUGUGCUCUCCUGAGAGAUGACUUGGUUUUGGUGGACAGCCCUGGUACAGAUGUCACUACAGAGCUAGACACCUGGAUUGACAAAUUUUGUUUAGAUGCUGAUGUCUUUGUCUUGGUUGCUAAUUCAGAAUCGACUCUCAUGAAUACGGAAAAGCACUUUUUUCACAAAGUAAAUGAACGACUUUCCAAGCCAAACAUCUUCAUCCUGAAUAAUCGCUGGGAUGCGUCUGCAUCAGAGCCUGAAUAUAUGGAAGAUGUGCGCAGGCAGCACAUGGAGCGCUGUCUGACCUUCUUAGUUGAUGAGCUCAAAGUCGUUGAUCUCUCAGAAGCACAGAACCGCAUCUUUUUUGUUUCAGCCAAGGAAGUUCUUAGUGCUAGAAAGCAGAAGGCCCAAGGGAUGCCAGAGAGUGGUGGUGCACUAGCUGAAGGAUUUCAGACAAGAUUUCAGGAAUUCCAGAAUUUUGAGCAAAUAUUUGAGGAGUGUAUCUCGCAGUCAGCCGUGAAAACCAAGUUUGAACAGCACACUAUCAGAGCUAAACAGAUAAUAGAUACUGUGAAAAACAUUAUGGACGCCAUAAAUGUGGCAGCAGCAGAAAAAAGAGUUCAUUCAAUGGAAGAGCGAGAGGACCAGAAAGAUAGGUUGGAAUUUGUUCGAAACCAACUGAACAUUUUAACAGAGGAUAUUAAGAAAAAAAUCAAACAGGUUACUGAGGAAGUAGAGAACAAGGUUUCUUCUGCGAUGACUGAUGAGAUUUGUCGACUCUCUGUUUUGGUUGAUGAAUUUUAUUCUGAUUUUCACCCUUCUUCACAAGUAUUGAAGCUGUAUAAAAGUGAGCUCAACAAGCACAUAGAAGAUGGUUUGGGAAAAAACCUGGCUGACCGUUGCUCCGCUGAAGUCAAUCAGUCAAUGCAUCAGUCACAGCAGGAAAUGAUUGAAAAUCUGACGCCAUUGUUACCUUCUGGUGUUCAGAAUCAGCUUCAGUUGCUAAUUCCAUGCAGGAAGUUUGACCUCAGUUACGAUUUGAACUGUCACAGUCUGUGUUCAGAUUUUCAAGAGGAUAUCACGUUCCGCUUUUCCCUGGGGUGGACCACCCUUGUAAACCGCUUCCUAGGCCCAAAGAAUGCUCAUAGAGUGCUACUCGGGCUGGCAGAUCCAACCUCACAGAUCCCUCGUCCUUUAGCUUCCACCCCCUCUGCCACCUGUCUUCCUGCCGUAACUCCAGAGAACGUAUCACAGGAGGAACUCAUGGUUUCUUUGGUAACGAGUUUAGCUUCACUAACAUCACGGACAUCUAUGAGCAUCAUCAUCGUUGGAGGAGUGGUUUGGAGAACUGUAGGCUGGAAACUCAUCUGUCUUUCCCUAAGCAUGUAUGGAGUAUUGUAUCUCUAUGAGAGACUAACCUGGACAACUAAGGCAAAAGAGAGAGCCUUUAAACAGCAGUUUGUAAACUAUGCUACUGAAAAAUUGCAGAUGAUUGUCAGUUUUACUAGUGCAAAUUGCAGCCAUCAAGUGCAACAAGAAAUGGCCACUACCUUUGCUAGACUGUGUCAGCAAGUCGAUGUUACUCAGAAAAACCUGGAAGAAGAAAUUGCUAGGCUGUCCAAAGAAAUAGAUCAGUUAGAGAAAAUACAGAGUAACUCAAAGCACCUAAGAAACAAAGCCCUUCACCUUGAAAACGAGCUGGAUGUUUUUACAAAGCAUUUUCUUCAGCAGAAUAAAUAGACCAACCUCUUUUCAUUGCUGGCUUCCUUGGGUAACUGCCUGUAGGACAAAAUUAUAGAAUGACACAUUGCUCCCCUGUGGAGUUACAUGAAAUUACUUAUAUUUUUAAAAGUACCUUGAUUAUACUUGUCAGAUACUGUAACGUCCAGUUCACACUUUUGCAAUGAACUGUAUCUCAAAGCUCUGGUAAAGAGAAAUUUUGCAAGAGCAAAAUGAUAAUUUAUAUUUACUGACAAAUACUGAAUUUAUUCUUCUGGAGACUUAAAAUAAAAAAAAUAAACCCUGUAUUAUUUUGUUUUAGUAUUUACCAGUGGCAAAUCCCACUUUCCUGGCAUCCGGGAGUUAUGUAGGGAGAGAAUCCAUCAUUUCUUCUCUCCCUCACAUCAGUAUCAAUGUCUCCCAGUUCUCUAGAAAUAGCUGGUGGUCCUGCUUUUUCAUAUUUGUUUUAUGAAUGAGAAUAUUAGGUGAACAGCUCUAAAAGUGCUUCUUUAGAUUAUUUGAAUUCAGAUAAAAUCAGUUGGGCUGGGCUGUUACCCUACUUCUGUUUAUAGAUAGACCUGCAGACAUGAUGCUUUCAAGUAAACUUGAUUCCUUGUAGGGAUUUUGGAAAGCUUUAAAAAUUCAAGCAUGCUGCAAUGAUGGAAUGGCAGUGUUCAUCAAAGUAAGUAAUGUGUAUAAAGUUCAGGUGAAUCUGUCCUGUGCAGCAUGCAAGCCUCUACCUACAACAAAGAGGGGGCUUCUGCUAUACAAUUGAUCUACACAUCCCAAACUAUGCAAAAAUUCAGCUUCAGUAUCAAAGUUUUUAUCUAAGCACACUUGGGAGGGCAUGCUAUUUUCUUGUCACCUGGGCAAGUGAUGUAGCCAAGCCUUCAAAUAUUUCUCACUACAUCAUGAAUACCUGCCAUGUUCUGGUGUGAGCAUUAUAAAUUGAAUUUCUCUUCAGACUGUAUACAUUUGGGAAACAAUAUUGCAUUUACCUGUGGAUACUUUCCAUAUUGUUUGCUUCCUUCCCCAACUACUUGGUUAGGCACUAUCUUAAGUCCCUGAAUUAUUUAGCUGCCAACUGCAGGUAUGCCUUUUUUAAACCUUGGCCACUAGCUCCCUCUGUUCUAGCUGUGUGUGGAUGUUUCCAUCUUAAUCAGCUUUUAAAGGGUGGUAGUAGGCCAGGGACUGUCAAUAGAUGUUAGCACUGAUACCCAAGUGCUUCCUGAUGCAGACCAUGUGCAAUUUCACCUGUAUUUUAUAAACAGGCUUUUAAAAAAUAUUUUAGGUGGUGAAAGCCUUCUGAAUAUUUAUAUAUCCUUUAUGAAAGUGCUUAAUGCUGCAAAACCAGGUUUAAAACCAAACUUGAGUGACUGGUGGCUUAAGGCACAUUUUUAUGGUUGCAUGAGUACUUGCUGGGAUUUUCCACUAAUUUACAAAAAAGGGCUAAUGAAAUGCACUGUUUUUUAAGAACAGGAGUACUUGUAGUACCUUAGAGACUAACAAAUUAACUAAAGUGCCACAAGUACUCCUGUUCUUUUUGUGGCUACAGACUAACAGCUGCUAUUCUGAAACCUGUUUUUUAAGACUUACUCAAUACUUUAUUUUACAAGCAGGAAGUGAUCACUGAGAAGUUGAGUAUACUGCAUGCUAACUUUCUCCCUUCCAAGUGUUUCAGGGUCAUAAUUUUCCUUAUUGUUGUGGACAUUUGAGUAUGCUACCAGCUAAAGAUGUUAAGAUGGGCUGCAGUCCAGCUGGUUAAAUGUACAGAAAUUAUGCAAGGAGAAGAGUUGCAAAUGUAUUUAUAAGAAGUUUAUUCUUUGAGAGCAUUUCUAGACUGGUUUAAUUUGGGGGGAGGAAAGAGAGGAGAAGAGUGCUGCCCCUUUAACUCAUUGAAUUUAGUUUGGCAGAUGAGUUGGUAACUUAGAUGAUGCACUAUUCCUCAUCUUAAACUUAGCACCUUCUGGUACACACUGCUUGUGAAUGGGGUUGUCUUAUUUGCAUCUUGUAUUCCUGGGAAGAGGGUAAAAAGCUCCUUCAGUAGCAUAUGGCUCACAGCCAGAUUUUUAUUACAAAAACUGUUCUAAAGCAUGAGACCUGUGUAAUUCAAGGUUGCUUUAGUUUCCACUUUGUCAUGAAGUGUCAGAAUUUCUAUUCACUUACUGGUGUUUCCUAUAGUUUUGUUGGAAGAUGUCCAAGUGAGUGACCAAGAUAGUAGCUGUGGAAAUAAAAUUCAGAAUUCUUUCUAUUGGAA